AUGGGCCCGGACUUGGAAUCCGGGUCCCAGUCCGGGUUCUUGUACCGGAAUGAGCUCGUUGGUGGCAUACCUGAAGGCAUCUUCACCCUUGUGUCCCUGGAGCAGCUAUUAUUUGGUGAUAAUCAGCUUACGGGCUCCAUUCCCACAGAACUUGGAAAUCUUGUCAACCUUCAAUUUCUGGUCUAUGGUCCACAAUCGACAGGUUUUCAACUCUUUCUUUGUGAUCCACAUACUACUCCCACUCGCAGGACUAUGGGAGGCAAUCAGCUCACUGGCUCAAUCCCAGAUACCAUCGGUUCGUUUACGGGACUGACAGAGCUGUACGUACUUAAUUUUUCUUAUCAGUACCUGACAUUCUCUCUUCACUCCAUUGUUCCUACGUACAGAUAA